CCCUCGCUCCGCCGCUCGGCCUCACCGCUCCUCUGAGGUAAGGGAGCGGGGCGCGGGGCUGCUGGGCCGGGAGGAGAGGGUGGGGGUGGCCGCGGCCGCGCGGGCCUUCAGGCUCAGCUACGGAUAGACCAAAGGGAGUGGCUCGGGAGCGGGCCUUGCAGCUUCCUUCAGGAAGUCCAGCCCCUCGGGGAUCGUAAAGGAAAACAGACAGGCCUGAGGGGACGCUUUCCCUUUCCUGGUGCGUUUUGGGGCUGAACGCCGUCCUUCGGACGCUGACGACGCGCUCUGGCGUUGCCGAGUUUGUGGUAGCUUUUUUGUGGCGGUGGGAACGACCCUUCGUAUAAAUAAAUAAUACGAAACAAUGUAAAUAAGACUGGAAGUAGGAAGUUAUGAGAGGUCAGGAAAGGUUUGUAAGGGAAUCUUCUGAGAGACCGUGGUACUAAAGUUAAGGCCAUGGCACUGAAACAGGUUUCUAGCAACAAAUGCUUUGAAGGUUUCCAGAAGGUGUUUGAACACGACAGCACAGAGCUAAAAUGCAAAAUGAGAUUUGGAAUCUACUUGCCUCCAAAAGCAGAAACUGCAAAGUGUCCUGUGCUGUAUUGGCUCUCAGGGUUAACUUGUACAGAGCAGAACUUUAUAACAAAAGCAGGUUUCCAGCAAGCUGCAGCUGAGCAUGGCCUUAUUGUAGUUGCACCAGACACAAGCCCACGUGGCUGCAAUAUUGAAGGAGAAGAUGAAAGUUGGGAUUUUGGUACCGGUGCUGGUUUUUAUGUGGACGCUACUGAAGAUCCUUGGAAAACAAACUAUAGGAUGUACUCCUACGUGAGAGAUGAGUUACCUAAACUGAUUAAUGCCAAUUUUCCAACCAACCCUGAACGGAUGUCUGUUUUUGGCCAUUCCAUGGGAGGUCAUGGAGCUCUCAUUCUUGCUCUGAAGAAUCCUGGAAAGUACAAAUCUGUAUCGGCUUUUUCUCCUAUCUGCAACCCUAUACAGUGCCAGUGGGGGAAGAAAGCCCUUGGUGGAUAUCUGGGAUCAGAUGUAAGCAAAUGGGAGGCAUACGAUGCUACACAGCUUGUGAAAUCCUACCCAGACUCUCACCUGGACAUCCUGAUUGAUCAAGGCAAAGACGAUCAGUUCCUAUCAGCAGGCCAGCUACUGCCAGAUAACUUCAUCGCUGCCUGCACGGAGAGGAAAAUCCCAGUAGUCUUCAGACUGCAGCAGGGCUAUGAUCACAGCUAUUUUUUCAUUGCUACAUUUAUCAAUGACCACAUCAAACACCAUGCAAAGUUCCUUAAUGCUUGAACUACGCAAAUGAGAGCGCCGUCUGACCAGCGGGAGUCAAAGAGUACAGCUUAACACAACAAAAAUCAUGUGUUGAAGCAGCAUCUGUACAAUGGAGCUCUUCUGAUUGCACUGCUAAUAAAAUAAAAGUCCCACUUAAUUUGA